ACAGAGAGGGAAGCAAAGCACAUGCCGGGUUCUAACAGUCACCCAUGGAGUCCGAUUCACCAAAUUCUGAGAACAGCGAUUCCUUGUUUGUUUGGGACCAAAGCUCUCAGCUUUACUUCCAUGCCAGUAGUGGAUUUUAUCACGACCCAAACGCCGGUUGGUACUACAGCAGCAGAGAUGGUCUCUACUACAAAUUCGAGGAUGGAAAUUACGUACUUCUUGAUUCAAUUAAGAGUGAUGAAUGUGAAAUGUCUCAGAGCGAAGAAACUGGUACUGGGAAUUCAAUCGGAAAUGAAUUGUGUGAAAAACGUGUAAACGACACUGAGAAUAGCUCAUUCUUGCAUGGAGAUGAAUCUGAAAUUGACGCUAACCAAUGUGAAGGAAUUGGUAAAGACAAACCAAAUUCUGGAAAUAUGGAAUGCAGAAGAAGUCAUUCACCUGAGAAUCCCCCACCUCCAUCAGAAUGGUUAGAAGAUACGCUUAUUGAUCUUUAUUUGUCUGGCUAUUCAAACAAAGAAGUCCACGAUGGUGCUGACAAGACAACUUCCUCAAAAGCAAAUGAGGUGGAGAAGUUAGAGUUUCAAGCCGAUGGGGAUAAUGAUACAUACGAGUUAGAGGAAGGCGAAUGGAUUCCAGAUGACCCUCAUGACAUAACUCAUUCAAGUGAACACAUAUCAGCUGAAGGUGCUUCAUGGGAAGAAGAGAACUGGAGAGCUCAAUAUGGUCAAGUCAUUCGAUCUUCAGAAGAGCCAAUCCCAGAGGUCCCUACUGUGGAUUUGUGGGAUUGGUCAAUGGUUCAGGGGUCUAGAAAAGAUGGAAAAGGUGAGACUGCCAAGCUUGUGGGGAGACUGAUGAGGAAGUCCGCUAAGCUUCAUCCCUCGAUGCCUUCUGGUGGAGGUCUUCUAAGAACUGCUCCAAUAUGUGAAGUGCAUCACAAUCUGGUACGAGUUAAAUCAGGGCAAAUAUAUCGGUUGCAGAAUCCUAGUGCAAGAUUCUUAGCUUCCCUGUCAGCCUACGAUUCUUCUAACCCAACCAAGGACUGGGGGUUUCCUGAAUUAUCAUUUCACGAACAAUCUCUUCCCCUCUCUAAGUCCAGGGGAAAAGCUGACUCAAAAACUGCAUGUGAAGAUUUAGUUGGGAGUGAUUUGCCUCCGUCGGAAUAUCAGCUCCCUUCAUUUGAAAAGAGUAGAAGCUAUUCAUAUAGGGACAGAGCUGCUGAGAGAAGAGCAUUGCAUGGUGGUUUUGGUGUUGCUCCAGGACAAAAGAAUUCUAUGGUCGAUCAUAACGAUUGUUCAUCGUCAUCUGUUUCAGCCUCCACAGAGGAAGCUGCAGCCGAGGCUUUGAACAUAUCAUUUGGAGCUGGCAGUUAUGCCCAAAAAAUCCUUAAAAACAUGGGCUGGAAGGAGGGGGAGGCAUUGGGAAAGACUACAAAGGGCUUGAUCGAACCGCUUCAAGCAGAAGGAAAUAUUGGCAAUGCUGGAUUGGGGUGGCCUAGGGGAAGAUCAAGACAUUAAUGAGAUAGAUAACAUGCAUUUUCACCAUAUUUUUGUCCAUUUUUUUUCCUGUUCAUUUUCUUCUUUUUUUCCUGAGUUUUUGUGCUGCUCAUCAGAAUGUAUACAAGGGCAACUUGAAUGUAUGGUGUAUAAGAAAGAGCCUCAAGUUAUGUUCUUUUCUUUUCUUCCUGAGCAACAGUAUCCCAUGAUCGACUUUCUUUUAUUUAUUAUUAUUUUUUUUUUUAAAAA